UCCUCCCCCUAUUUUAUCGCUCCCGUGUCCCGUCUCUCUCCUCCGCUCCUCCUCCACCACCUCCCCAUCGCCAGCAGCAGCCACCCGCAGGGGCGAGAGGCGGCGAGGCCGUCAGGGGAGAGGUCCUGCUCGUCUUCUCGUCUCCCGUCUCCGGAACGACGACGAGCAAGCAGUUCUCCGGCAAUGGAGAAUCUGAGAUCUGAAAACUACCACCAAGGUGUUGCCAUGGAGGGCGUCAAGUUCGCGUCAGAGAUGGCCAACACCAACCGGAGGGCCCUGAGCGACAUCAAGAACAUCAUUGGAGGCCCUCACCAGCAUUUGGCUGUUAGCAAGAGGGGUCUCUCAGAAAAACCAACUGCUGCUGUACAUACGAAGGAUCAAGCUGGCUUUGUCGGUCAUCGUCCGGUCACGAGGAAAUUCGCUGCAACUCUGGCAAACCAACCUACAACUGCCCAUCUGGCCCCGAUUGGAAGUGAAAGACAGAAAAGAAAUGCAGAUACAGCAUUUCACACACCUGCAGAUAUGGAAAGCACCAAGAUGGCUGAUGACAUCCCCUUGCCUAUGCUGUCUGAGAUGGAUGAAGUGAUGAGCUCCGAACUGAAAGAGAUUGAGAUGGAAGAUAUUGAGGAGUCAGCACCUGAUAUUGACAGCUGUGAUGCAGGAAACUCCCUGGCUGUGGUUGAAUAUGUAGAUGAAAUUUACAGAUUUUACAGAAGAACUGAGGGUUCAAGCUGUGUCCCUACAAAUUACAUGUCAAGCCAAACUGAUAUAAAUGAGAAGAUGCGUGGCAUUCUAAUUGACUGGCUGAUAGAGGUACACUACAAAUUGGAGCUGUUGGAGGAGACCCUUUUCCUCACUGUGAACAUCAUAGACAGAUUUUUGGCUCUUGAAAAUGUGGUGCGGAAGAAGCUUCAGCUAGUUGGUGUAACUGCUAUGUUGCUGGCGUGCAAAUAUGAAGAAGUGAGCGUACCGGUGGUGGAAGAUCUCAUCUUAAUCUGUGACCGCGCUUACACAAGGGCUGAUAUUCUUGAAAUGGAGAGAAGGAUAGUGAACACGCUUAAGUUCAAUAUGUCAGUGCCGACUCCAUAUUGUUUUAUGAGAAGGUUCCUAAAGGCAGCACAAGCAGAGAAGAAGCUCGAGCUCCUGUCAUUCUUCAUGAUCGAGCUGUCUCUCGUCGAAUACGAGAUGCUCAAGUUCUGCCCAUCUAUGCUAGCAGCUGCAGCCAUCUACACAGCUCAAUGCACAAUAAAUGGGUUCAAAUCCUGGAACAAAUGCUGUGAGCUGCACACAAAAUAUUCAGAAGAACAACUAAUGGAUUGCUCCAGGAUGAUGGUCGAACUGCACCAAAGAGCAGCUCAUGGGAAACUUACUGGGGUCCAUAGAAAGUACAGCACUUUUAGGUAUGGCUGUGCUGCGAAAUCGGAACCUGCCACAUUCUUGCUGGAUGCAAGAGCCUAAGCUAGAACUAAUUGGCUGGUUAUACACACUCUAACUACUUCCAUGGAGAGAGUGAAAGAGGGGUGUAUAUAGAGGCUGCUUCGACUAUACAGAGUGGGAUCCGCAUAAUAUGCAACAGCUGUUGCAGCAACCAUUUGGUGGGCUGGGUUGGUGUGUUGUGUGUUAGUUCAAUAACUUAACAUCGAUGAAACAUUGGUUUAUGUUGUUAGGUAUUUUUUUUUCCAAUUAUAUCCAUUGGAAUCCAAUUCUGCAAUUGUAUCUUGGGCAUUAUUCUUUGUUCAUGUGACACCCUCUGCAGUCUGAAAAUAAACAUUGAUUGAAUUUCCUGUUCA